UUUACACAUUCCAAACAGAAUAUUUUUUUUACCAAUUUUAUUUUAUAAUUUCAUUAAUAUUUUUAUUUUCAUUACUUUAUAAUAAUUUUAUUAUUUUGUAAAAUAUUAUGGAAUCGGAUUAUUUUAUUUAAUUUACAAAAUGACAGUCUCUAUCAUACACAUCCCUUCCAUCAACUCAUCCCCCAAUCUCUCCAACAUUAACUCUAAUAACUCUAAUAACACUGUUGACAGUGUUAACACUAAUAACAGUAGUAAUGUUAAUGGUAAUGUGGAAAUAGGUGGAAAUAUUGAGGAGAAGAGUGAGAAUGAGUUGGAGGUAUUGAGUUUAACGAUUCGUCCUACGUAUUUGAAUAUUUACGGCUACAAUUUCAAGGGUCCUGAACUGUUCAAUGACAAUUCUAAGCAGCAGACGCUCACCGACGAUAUCCUCGAAUCCCUCAAACUCAAUCAAAAUGUGCAUGGCGACUGUAAGCGUUUGGGAUAUGUGGAGCGUAACUCGUUGGGAAACAUCGAGGGCUUUGGCUUUAUGAAGAAAUUCCCGCUAAAAUUUAAUCAUCAGUACUUGGAAGAACUUUACGCUCUCAAUAUUAAUCACUGGAUUCUCGGACGGUUAAUUUUUAUCUCCCUUCUGAAUCUUGUCAUUACGCUCUUUUUCUGGCCAAUUAACUCUAUCUCAUUCGGUAAUAUAGGUUUGAUGAGGAGUGAUGGUUUGAUUGGUGUGUUAUUUCAUGUGUUGAUGUGUUUGACGCUUUUGCUUAUUUUCAUUCCCAUCAGUUCACUUCAUUACAAAUUUCAUCAAUUCGCCGAAACCUCUCUCUAUUACUCCUUAGUUCUCAUAAGUUUGAUUUGGGGUUGUUGGUAUUUUGUGGUAUCGUAUUUGUGCCGUGUAAAAUAUUUCAAGAGUUCAGUUUCCCAGUUAAUUGUCUCCACAGAGUCUUUUAAAACUGUUUUCUUCGUCUACUGCAUUCUACCAAUUAUUACUCUUGACGCUUUCUUACCCAUUAGAACCUCCAGGACUUUAUGGAUCCAUAUACAAUUUAUCAUCUUUUACUCCGUCAACACCAUCACAAACUCUUACAAUACUCACAUCUCUUUCACUUACCCAUUGUUUCGUAUAGUAUUUUAUGUGUUGAUAUUGGUGUUGUUAUAUUUUGGCGGUUUUUCUACGGAGAUACAGCUCCGUAUUUCCUUCUACAAUUGGAUAAUUACUUCCAUUAAAAUAGAGAAAAUACAACACUCUGUUAAACACAGUCACCAGGUUGUCACUCCGCCCGACUCUGCGCCUGUGGAACUGAUCCUCCGUAACCUAACAAUAUCCAAAAAACUGAUUAAAAUAAUCCAUAACAUGAUUGGGAAUAACAUGCCGGAGACGUGCAGUUACUUUAACCAGACACUUGUUACGCUGGAAAACUCAAUCACACAACUGACAAAGUCCAACCUCUUCAACAUUAAAUAUAAUAAAGUCUUUGAAGAAAUGGGAACCGGAUCCGAACUACUCAACUCUCUAUACACUUCUUAUUUUACUCCCAUCAAUCAUUCCAAUUUGGAUGGUGUGGAUAGGGAGUAUAAAUAUGUUAGUAUUCCCUUGUCUGGUGUGUCAGGAGUAAGUUCUGAUGCCCCGUUAAUCACCUUGGACCAGCUGUUGAAUGAUUGGAACUUUAGCAUUUUGGACUAUUUCCGCCAGAAUCCCACGGGAUUCAUCUCAAUAGGCUGUGUGUUACUAUCAGAAUUUCAAACCCACUUCAACAUUCCCACGGAUGUAAUUUACAGUUUCCUCGGGUUGGUCGAGAAAUGUUAUAAUAACGUCUCAUACCAUAACCAAAUGCACGGCGUUUUUGUAUGUCAGAAGCUCCUGUGCCUGAGUAACUUUACCAACGUUUACUCCAGACUUUCUGUGAUUGACCGGACAAUUUUGAUAAUCUCAGGGCUUUGUCAUGACAUUGGGCAUCCUGGACUCACAAAUGCGUUUUUUAUUAACUCGGGACACCAGCUGGCACAUUUAUUCAAUGAUAAAAGUGUCCUAGAGAACUUCCACUGCUGCCUCACCUUCAACGUUCUCAGACAAAGUAACUUGUUCUCAUUUCUCGAUAAAGAAGAAAUGAAAAUCGUCAGGAGAAAAAUCAUACAAUUGAUACUUUCCACCGAUUUAGAAGAUCACUUUCAAACAAUCACACAGUUUAGGGUGAGAAGAGCUUCUAGGGAGUUUUCGGUUGAGGGUGAGAUUGACACGAUUUGUAAGAUGUUAAUAAAGGCGUCUGACAUUGGCAGUUCUUGUAUGGAGUGGCGUUUAACCUUGGAGUGGUCACAGCGUCUGGUCCAGGAGUUCUACACGCAAGGGUUAGAGGAACUUAGCCUUGGACUCCCAAUCACACCACUCUGCGAUCCCAAUAAACACAACCACCUACCCAAAGCACAAAGCGGGUUCCUCGCCAUCUUCGUCAUCCCACUCUACACCGAAAUUGCCAACAUUCCACAACAUAACACAAGGAGUACUGUGGAUAAGGAAACUGAAGUUACAGAGUGUAUGGAGAGUGAUGAGAACAGAGUGUUGAGUGUGUGUUUGAGUCAUGUGACUGAUAACAAGGACCGUUGGGAUCAGAUGAACGAGUUGGGAGAGACGUUACCGCUCCGGAACUUCCCACAUGAUACCAUACAACUCAACGUUAAUCUAGCACUCGCUAAUCUCAAUAACAUUUAACAUAAUCAUUAUAUUUAAUAUCUUAAUACUAUA